UUUUCGUAAUCUCAGCUCCCGUGUCAGCUGCGAUUUUGCCAUCUGCGAUUUGAGCUCGCAUAUCCAAAAUACGAUUCGAAUACAAGGCAAACAACUAAAGGCUUUUUUAAACUGUACUUUUCUUGCCUAAAGUGCAGUUAACAUGGGAACUGAAUGCUGGAUGUUAAGAAUCGUGCGGCCUGUUAUAUUUCAAGAUGGUGUCGUUUCCUCAUCUUUCCUACAGCUGUGCGUCGUGACAACUCAGUUUUAAAUAGGUUAUUCCUUGCUCCAAACGGACGAUGGCGGGCACGAAUUAUGACGAGGAUGUAGCUAAACGUCUCCGAGGGCUUUGGAGUUCGUUUAUGAGCUACACUUCUCCGGAAAAUCAACAGGUAUUUCGUUGCAACAACUUUGUGCCCUCACUAGUAAAUUGUAAAUGUUGAAUAUUUGAAACCGAAAGGUUGAAAUUCUAUUCGUAUAUACUGUUUAUGGUAAUAUGUAUUGAAUUGUGUUGUGUGUUAGUAAGUAGAGUUAUGAUAUCCGUUUUGUUCUAUUUCAAUUUUUAGCAAUUAAUGAAUGAGGUUGAGUAGGAUAUGAAGAAUUAAGCAGAUCUAGGAGGGUGUUUUCCACAGAGGCCGAAGGCCGAGGUGGAUAACACCCUCCGAGAGUGGCCCCUGCAACCCAUUUUUGGGGGCCAGAUAUUUCAAGAAGGGGCCAAUGUACCAGUAUCGUUCUAAUAUGCAAAAGAGAAGAAACAUUUGGAAAGUUAAGGGAAUCAAAAUGGCAGUUUAUUUGAAGCUGACAUGGAGCAUCCCUCUUUAUACACAAUAGAGGAAAUCUUCAGUAAUAAAGCAAACAGUAUAAUCAGAAUGUAUGCAAUAAAAAUAGCAAGUAAUUUUUUCAUCUCAUUUUCCACUUCACUGUCAAGAUCUGCUUCUUUUCGCUUCUUCUGAACUGCUUCGCCUCCAUCCACUUUUUUGUUACUUACUGAGAAAAAACUUUUGAUAAGCCUUGAAGAUGCAUUUGUCAGGUUUGGUAAACGCUAGUUUCCGUAUCUCAAACCGCCCUUGAAUACCUUGUGAUGCCUACACAAAGUAAUUGCAUAUAUGUAUACAUAUAUUAGUCAGCCCUGACUGGUAAACGCUAGGUUUAUCCUUAUUCGCGACGCCAUGAUGGAUACCCAUCAGCUCCUGCGAUGUUACAAAAGCCAAGUUGAGGCUCAGUGGUCUCCAGACCACUCAUGGUAAAUCAGGUAAAUUUAAGAAGAUUCAUUGAUUGAUUUUCACGUUUUGUACAAAGGUACGGAGUCGUUGUUCUGUAGAUUAAAAAUUCUGAAAAUUAUUGUAGCUGAAGUAACAGAGACAUUUUUAAGCCCAUGGAAUUAAAGAAGGAAAGGGCCAUAAUGGCCCUUGAAUGCUUUUGGUGGGGGCCAUCUCUCGAUCUUUUGCGGGAUUCACGCAAUGGCACACCCUGGCUGGAACACUGCGUGUUAGUUUUCACAACAAAAACAACUCAACCUCGUGCCCAGGUCUUCUCGGUUAACGGUGUAUUAACCUGUAGAAGGCUACAUUUUUGACGUCAUUUCCUCGUUAAACACAAAAAUUCUUCCAAAUUUGGUCGUCAGUAACCGGUUAUGAUGAAUUGUGCAUGUGCUUUUAGCCAAUCAGAAUUGGGGAAAUAUUUUGAAUGAACAAUAAUAUGAGUUAAUUAUUAGUGUUUCGGGCAACCAGGAAAUUAAUAUUAGUUUUUUCAUAGAAAUCCUGCACCCUGUAUUUGGGCACCCUGGAUUUCAGGUUCAGAGCACUGAGUUCCUUUCAGUUUUUUUUAAGAGCACAUCCUUGUUUAAUUGCUCAUAAAUUUGCCUUAAGGUCUCGGUAAAGGAAAACGAGGUGCCCACAGAAAAAAAUUCUAGUCGUGCGAGUAUUUUCGCUACAAAGGCAAGUUACAUAUCAAAUUAAAGCUAAAAGACUAAAUUACCUUAUAAAAGAUUUUAUUUCAUCGAAUUUCAAAAGGUGCUUAAGUUUUUUGUUCUCGAACUCAGAGGUAUCGAGUUUACUGCUGAAGCUCCAGCCCUUUCGCGUUGUUAAAUAUUCACUUCCUUUUUAUUGCAUCUGAUUGACAGAUAAAAGACCUAAAAAAGGGUGUGAGGAAAUUUGCAGAUGUCUCGUGUUAGCGGAAUUAUUGCAUUUCAAACUAAAAAGUCGAAUCUCGAGCGCGAUUUACGCAAAGAAACUGACAUAAAAUGAGUUACAAAGGGAAAUCGGAAAAUUCCUCACACUCUUUUUGAGUCUAUAUCAUUAUCCAUCAUAUCUGAAAGUUUCAAAGGGAUAGCUUAAAACCUGUCCUGACUGGAGGUCGGAGAAUUUUGAUUUUUGCGUCUAAAAUAGAGUGAGAGAAAAUCAGCUCUAAAGAUUUAGCGCGAAGUCCACGCUUGGCUGGUUAGCUCAGAAAAGGCUCAUUUUAGAAGGGUUAAAAAGCACUUUCUGAUUUUCUUUUUCUGCCAAAUUAAAAUUUAGGACCCACUCAUGCCAAAAAUCCAAAAAAAACAAAAUCGAGCAAUGUACUAAAAUUUUCAUUUACCGAGACCUUAACAUGUGUUUUUUGUCCAGAGUGUGCUAUUUUGAUACCUCAUGAGACGCCUUGUGGGUUAUGUGAUGGAUGGGAUUUAAAAUGAAUCACACCACCGUAUUAAACACCAAAUGUCUCAUGAGCCAUCAACCAUGAAAUCCAGUUUGCUUAGUGUUUGUCUCUUCCUUACCUGUAGGACAAAAGAAAGUGUUUGGAGUUAUUCAUGGCAGAGUUCUUGGAUGCUUAUCAUGGUGUCAAAGGAGAACUGAAGAAAAUUUCCAACUUCGGGUAAGACUCGCCACGCUUCACAGAGAAAACUUAACUCUGGUUAAGUCCAUCUGCAAAACAACACCAAAAUCGUCGUUCUUGGUCCCCACCUUUGUACCAGGCUUUAAGAACGAUUGGCCUGUUAAAAAAGCCAUUGUCAAUUUGCCAGUUGAAAGAUGAAAGGAAAUUCGAAAUGCACUUCUGGUAAUUUGUUGAGUCUGUUGGAGGCCCAGAACUGAUACCAGCAUUGCUUUGCAGACAUUAUUAAGUGAAAACAGAGGUUAAAAUAUGUCUGUGAAGCAGACUAGGUAAGAAUUAAUAACUCCGCAUACCCAAAAGGAUUCCUUUAUCUCAUUAUAUUGAUCAAAAUUAUCUCUCCAUCUUGUAAUCUUGAUUCUUUUUUUAGCUAAUGAGUAAUCCCAAACCCGAUCCUGUGCUAUAUUUUAAAUAAUGCCUUAAGAUGGAUCCACAUCCUCUCCCUUUUUCAAAACUGUACUAGGCAGUUGGAUAAAAAACUUGUGGCAGCAUGGUACAUCUUAUACCUGAUAGGGUCGAACACUGAAUGGCUUAUGUUAAUUGAGUCAAAAUUUUAAAAAAAAACCUUUUUGUUCAUAUUUCAGAUAAUGUAACUUUCUGGAUCUCAGUUCUUUAAAAUAACUUUUCCUGAAUCCCACUUCAUUAACCCAUUCGCCCCUGAGCUGCCAUAACUGCCUGUGCAGAUUCAUGUCCCUUCUACUGCUUCUGACAUCAUCAGUUUUAUUGGUCAAGGACAACUUUGUCUACUUACUGGUGCAGAGUGAAGAGAUCUUUCAAACCCGACCAGAAUGAGCACAAUUCAGUCAAGGACACCAGAGAUAAAGGCAAAAAAAACAUGUAACAUUGACCUGAAAAUUUCCUUGAAAUCUUGUUCCACUACCCACUUACCUUUUUGAGAUCCUAAAAGCUUUCCUAGAAACUUUUCCCACCAAAAUGAAGCCUACUAAAUGCCCAGCAAAAAAGAAAAAAAAUGAGGCAAGAAAAGCAAAAACAGAGGGGAAGAGAGAAAGCAAAAUUUUGCUUUCUCUGCAUGCCUGACCUUUGCAAGCUUGUAUUUUCCAUCUGGAUCAGAAGGCUGCGAAGUGUACAACAUGUAAAUGGUUUUAUGGUAAGUUUUAGCUCUUUAUAGCAUGACAGUGACAAGAAAACCUCUCAACUAGCUUCAAAACGUGGUUUUCGUCAAAAUUUCCAGGGGCGAAUGGGUUAAAUUGCCAAAACGCUUGUUCCGUUCAUUAAUUUUUAUUACUAAUCACAAAUUUCAGUCCACCUACUCCCUGAGUUGUCCUAACUUUAACAUCCCAAAAACUUUGUCACCAGUGUGGCUGGCCAUCUUUACAAGGUCAUCACUUUAUAUAUAGACUAUAGAAUUUGUUGGUUUAAUACAUUUUAGUUCUGUUUAUUAAUUUAUUAGACUCCUUGUAUCCCAGAGUACACUGUAUGAACUUUUGUGGCACUUUUUCUGGACAACCUUUUUUCAAAACAGUUGUUCAUGUCUUGGGUGUUAAUUACAAAACUAUGCCAACAUAUGUAUAAUAACACAUAUCUCUCUACAACUGAUAAAGUAAUAUAAACAAAUAACUUGAUAAUUUCUUUCUGUAGUGAUAUUCACAGUGUCAGCAAUGUGUUAACAAGUGAGUUCCAGGCAACGAUUUUUCUGAAAUGUCAGGAUGAAACCGAACAGUCUUUGGUUUACUAUCUUUGCCAAGGGCAUGGCCUGCUGUUACUACAGAUGCUCUGUAUUCUUGCACAUAAGGUAUGGGGUGAGACAAUUUAUGUCAUAAGAUAAUAACACUUCCGUCAAGUUAAAUGUGUUCAUCAAAAUGUUUAUUAAAGAAUCUAAGUCAGGUGAUAGCAACUUAUUUGAAAUUUAUUUGUAUUCCUUCAGUGCUGCAGUGAGUUGGGGGAGUGCAGCUUUAUGUCACAUGAGGUGAAAGUCAGAGUGGAGUUUAUCUUCAAACAUUUCGUUUAUUUUUUGGGGGAGGAGGGGGGUAGGGAGUAGGGGGGCUUUCUGGAUAAUCAAGCAGUAUACAUGUAGGAAAGAAUACUGUUGACAUGCAUGGUGGAACACGUUUUAAAUGCCUUUGGGUGCCUUUUGAUUACAUUUCUUUUGCCUUAAAUUUACUGGUAAAAUAUCUGUGUUGUUGCAAACUAGCUCACUCGGCACUCUUUCCUCCCCCACCUCUUCAACCCCUUUGCCCACAUCCCGCCCCCGCCCCCGCCAAGAGACAGCUUGCUUGAAGGCUAGUAAACUUGCUUUUGCGGAAAAUGCAAUUUUGGAAUUUUAUUAGGUUAAUGAAAAAGAGUCUGGGCAAUGUGUUCAUUUUGUUGUUAUUUGCAGAUUGCUGGAUGCAGUUUAGACUUGGCUAAUCUACUAGUGUCUCUGUUGCCAGUUGUUGUUAGAGUUCCUUUGCAAGAUUAUGACCCACUUUAUGGUAUUGAAAUAAAGCUUUAAGAUUAAAUAUGGUAUAUAAAUAAAUAUGUAUAUCAGACAAGUAUAGCUCUGCAGGCCUACACCCAUGUGAAAUAUUUCUCUAGAUUCGCCAUUAUCAUGAAGAAGGCAAUUCAAAUACCCUGGGGCUGGAAAACCCCAUAUGAAAGGUAGAAAAGGGACAUGAACACCCUGUCUCACCUAGGGUGUUCAUUCCUAAAGCCAAUAUUUCUACCCGUACAGUUAUUUUUAUGGUCCAGGUUGUGUGCAAAUAAAAUACUGUGUAAAUAACAAACUAAGGCCUUCAUACUGUGCUGACGACAGCAUUCUAUGGCAACAUGUUGAACCAUCUCUCUUACUAAAGAAGCAGGUAACAGGGUGCAAAGAAAGUCAGUUUUACAGCUUGCCAUUUGGGCAAGCUGUAGCUAGCAUGUACUAGCCCAAAAUUUAUUUCAACUAGCCCCAAAAACGUUUUGAUGAGCAGGAUUGAUUACACAGUUUUUAUGUAAUUUGAAUUCCUCAAAGAACUUCACUUGCCCGUUGGGCAAGUUAAGAACAGAAUUCACUAGCCCAAUAGCAAAAUCUACUAGUCCUGGGCUAUCGGACACUUUUUUGGCAAGCUGGGUAAACUGUAAAUCGAAAGAUACACCUGACAGCUGAGUUUGGGAUCAGAAUUUUAAAACGAGUUACAUGUAGAUCACUUGGCUUUGUUUGUCAAACCAAAAAGUUAAGCGCACACGUUAUCCUUUUCUUUUUCAUUGCUGACUUUGUUGUUCGUGCAUCAAAGUCAUAAAGCAAUAUUUACAUUUAAUCCAUUAUCUAAUAUUUUUUUCCUCCAUUAUUCAUAAUCUAUUUAUGCUUCAUACAUCGGUGGACGAAAAGAGUAAUAAUUUUGGAGUGCAUAUAAAGUGGACAAGACACUAGGACAAAGAAUUGGUUUUGUCCAGGCGUUUCUGAGUCCAUCCACAUUAGGGCUUUUCUACGGCUUGUUAUAUAGGAGACACCAUGCAGUUCAUUAGGGAACAUUUAUCAUAUGAGUUUUGUUUUUUUAUGAACCCUUAAUAACUGUAGGCAUCAGGAAUGAGCAGUUGACCAUCAAUGUAUGUGUAUUACAGUAACUUGCAUACAAAAAAUAAUUGUUUAGCAGAAAAGGCACAAAAGAUCUUUCCAUUGCUGUGAAUCAAACUGUGAAAUAGAUCAUCAGUUAAUUUCUGUUCUCACUUUACUUGUCUAGGAUUAGAAGUGGUGCUGACUGAUUUUGACGAAUACUGCCGUGACUCCAAAAGUACAUCCAGCCAUGCCAACCUUGCAAAGAAAAUGAUCGUUGACUUACGCUUGAUGGGACACUACAGAUCACGCACGCCUGUUGAAACGGGACGCACUAUUCCUACACCUCAGGAGCAAGAACACUUAAUUGAUGAAGAGAACUUAAAGUCACCAGAUGUUCUAGCUGAAAGAGGACAUAACGAUGUGUUAUUUUCAACGCAGGGGACGACUGAAAGCCCCAACACCACAGAGGAUAGCGACAUACUUACCAGUCUGACUAGCGUGACCGACUUAGACAGCACAAGUACAAAUGCCAGUGAAUGUUCAGACAUGGAAUCCGUCAAUGAUUUUACAAUAAAAUACAACAAGGCUACAGCUCUUUUGAAAUCACCUGGCGAUAGUAUUGAUGAGAAUGACUUCAAAAGUCAAAAACUUAGACCCGUACUUUCUAGUGAGACACCUGCGUCCGAAGGCAACCCAUGCGUCAACAGUUUUCAACUGUCAGUUCUUCUUGUGUCAACACUAGAAAAUCUGACGUGCCAGAGCAGUUCCAGUCUACAUGAUCCAAAUUUAUUGAUGGAGACCUGUGGGCAGCUGAUAGAGAUUCUGCACUUAUUAGGCGAUGCAAAAGAAAACGGCGACGACGUCCUCUGUAACUGGGAACCCGGAGCUCUUAUCGCAGUCCAACUUGUUAUUCUCAGGACCGUGUUUGCAAUUCUCUAUACCACGUGCAAAAAUCCAAAGGCAGCCAAACAGCUGUCCAAGUCAGUGUAUGUUGGAAAGCUCGUAGAACUAAUUUCCGAAGGGUGUCUUGACAAAGAAUUUCUUUCAGUUCAGCAGCACCAUGAGCUUGCAAAACUUGUUACUAGUACUGCUAGUGAACCUGAUAAACGGUCAGUUUCGAAAUUAUCCUCCUUGUUUUUGUGGAAAACGUUUCAGCAAGAAUUACUCCUAGGCUGCUCUUUGCAAGGCCUUUUGCUCUUCCUGACGGCUUGCCUUCAUCACGGAACGAUGAUUAACCCCACCUUAUUUGUAUUAUGCCAGGAGAUUUUCGAACAGUUUUCCUCCAGAGGAGGUUUUGAAUCUGUAGCAAUUUUGCUUAUAAAGCUUGAUGAAAUCUAUCCGGAAGAAUUAAACUUGGAAGACAAGGAGGGAGAGAAGGGUGGGAAAAUUGCAUUCCCGGCAUGGAGGAUUGAGCAGCACGCAAAAAAUCUGUCUAGAAAAAUGGUGAAGAGUUUGGGAAAGAUGGUAUCUGUGUUGAAGAAAGGGAAAAGUUGCUGUAAGACCUCUAGAGAACUGAGCAGUCGGAAGAAUUCAUUGGCAGGACUUGGUCGGCCUGUAAUACAAGAGGAUGAUUAUGUGAUGUGCGAAACUUAUCCGCAGAGCUCGGAGGUCGAGGAAAGCUCAGAAUCAGCAGCAGACAUGGAGUCUGAAAGUCAAAAACAGGAUCAGUUCUCAGGUACGAAUCUUGAAAUAAACAUAAUUGUGAAAAUGACCACGUAAACUUUUUACCAAUUUCGGUUUUUCCUUCUCGCGGUCCACGCUCUUGACCUCCGUAUCAAUCGCCCCUCCCCCCUACACACACGCCUAUCAAGAAGUCUUACCCCUUCUCGAUAUUUUGUUUCUCUAACCAAGUACUUGUUCCACUUCCUGGCUCUCUACUUCUCCUAGUCCCUCUAAGGCGGUAAACUCCUCUGCACUUCAUUCUGAAAAGACAAUUUGUGUGCACUUUUAGAAAGUCUUAUCGUUAGCCUGCGAUCAUGUUCUCCCGCCCGGGAGCCCCAGCUCGUAGGCUAUCUUAUCGCCGACAAUUCCUGCUCCCCCCUAUCCAUGGAAGGCAGCAAUGUAUAGGGCCUCUACGGAUAGCAGUUUUUACUUUGUGCAAAAACUGAAAGAGCUACCCUAUUGACAUAAAGGUUUCAUCUAUGUCGGAUUUAUGAUGAUUUUUGUAGAAUGUAAAUACUGUGAUGAUUCGUACUGCAGGAUGACUCUCUUUGACUUUUUAGAUAACCUUUGUGCAGUGUCUAGACUUGCUGUAACUUUACUGACAGUUUUCAAGGGAAGCAGGAAUGCUGAGCUCAGGAUGAUCUUACUGUCGUGCUUAGAGAAAGUUGGAAUUUGCCACUGUGUCUCGCCUGACAUUCUUGUAACAUCCCUUCUGAGCAGGUAUGUUUGCCUAUAAUGUGCAUGACACGUUACAAAGGGUACUAUUAGUUGUUUUAUAAAGUUUUGAUCUACUUUUCCCUGUACCCACAAGCGUCUGUUCACGGACGUAACAUGACGUUAAAUUUGAUUGUUAACGAUACACUUGAUGUUGCUUGAAUAUUUAAAAAAUUCAAAAAGUAUGAACGAGUUGUCUGCUUCAAAUGCCAUCUUUACGAAACGAGAAGGCACAGAAGCCUCCUUCAAACAUAAGUUUGUCGUCAACUACCGCGAAGGAAGUUUAAGAAGACAAUCGUAGUGUACAUAAAAUUUGCAGUGUUCUGAAGACUGAUGAAAGAGUGCCAUAUUUAACAUCCAUCACGUGGGUGAUCACUCGCCCCCACUUUUUAAUCCUGUUUUAAUUUUGGUGUGUUCGACUUAGGUUGAAACGUGUUCUGUAUUUGUAACUUUUAUUCAUUUGAUGUGCAGAUUUCUUGAUCAGCCCAAAGACCUUCAGUGCACCAUUCUCAGAGUCCUCAAUCAGUUAGUACUCGCCGAAGUUGACAUCGUGGACCAGAGCUAUAAUGUGCUGCCAUCACAUUUAUCUCAGUAUAAAAGAUCACAGCGGUCUCGAUCCAAGCCAACAAAACAAAGCCCAUCCAGAAGCGACAGUGGCUUCUUCGCCAGUGACUUUAGUGUGGCUGGACUUGGCGCCCACGUAAGGGACAUGGCCAAAGAAGGAAGACCUAGGUGGACUUGUCUCUCACAGUACUGUGCACUUGUCUCUGCGAAAGAAAUCAGUGUGGCUCUUGAAGUGACUAAAGCACUGAAACCUUUGGCCACUUUAGGAUCAAAACAGUUACGGGAGGAGCUAUUUCGCAUUGUUGUUCUUCCUUGCAUCUUGCGUUGUGAUGGUGUCUUCACUGAAGAUGUAGCUGAACCACUUCAGAAAAUAAGAGCGAGGACUUUGACGGGUUCGUCUAUUUCUGACUGGCAGGAGCGGAGACUAUCUUUGAGAGGAAGUACCUCUUCAACUUUGAGCGAUAAUGGUAGCAGUGUUUCACUGUCCAAAGACGUCCAUGGAGAAGGUGGAAUUUGCAAGGAUGUCCUGGAACUUUUUGUCUGUUUCUUGAGUCCGCUUCUUAGUAGUUCUUCUUCACGGGAACUCUUUCUUAACUGCGGUGGUUUAAAUGAAAUGCAGUGCUUCCUUGCAUUACCUCAGCUUCAAGAACCUGUUCUUCAUGUGCUAGAGUAUCUCGUCAAAAUUGAAAAUCGAGACCAGAAAGCCAGGGUUCUCCACCAACGCGUGGACGACCUAAGUGCUGGGUCGCCCGAGACGAGCAGUGAAGAGAAAAGUGACACCAAGCUAUGUUGCAAAAGCUUUCUGUCUUUGCUUCAUUAUACAAGCUCAUUUGGUCAAGAAAUUGGCAAAUUGACUGAUGACUCACCUGAACUGCCACGAAUUUCUCCGUGCCAUCCUGUAGAGUCUUCCUUGAGGGUCCACGUAUGGAAAUCUUGCCUUCACCUUUUGAUGUCGAAUGAAUUGUUUUGUGAAAUGUUCCUGCAAGAUGCUGCUUUGGUGCACGGCUAUGAUUUACUGUGUUACCUUUUUCAGUUCUUCCAAGAGUACUCCCCUUCAGAAGGAACCACUGCAGCAGACCAAGUUGGCUUGCAGUUUGUGAAAGACCUUGUGAGCCUAUUUGAGACCGUUUUGCCGAUUUGUAUCAGAAUGGCUCAUACUGAUCACUGGCAAAAUAAAGAGGUAAGGCGUUCAAUAGCCCAGAAAUCAGUCUAGCGGGUGUUUUAACGAGGUUUUCAGUAGUCUUCUCUAGGGGUUCAGAUAGUAUAGGAUCAGUACAAAAUCAGGGGAGAGCAGGACGCAGAAAGAACUGGGAGGAUGAAUAAAGGGAUUCUUCAGGCGUUCCUUCUUUCCCUCCAUAUGUCACUCCAGUUCCUCUCGCCAUUUUGUUUCUCCUCCACCCUUGAUUACAAGCCGCGCAAUUGGAACAUGCUUCUACCUUAGUUAACGAAUAUCUACUUCGUUUGUAUGGAAGUUUCAUAUCCAGUUAAAUACAUAUACCUCCUAUUCAGUAAGUGUAUUCAAGUCGAACAGAAUAUGAUUUCUGUUAUCUCUGUUUAGCUGUCUUGUCAGGAUUAAUAUGCUGGUAUUACCAGUAAUGGGAAAAUCGUUUAUUUUGAUCUCUGCUUGUGUUCUUAUCCUUUUCGUAGAUACUACCCAGUGUAGAACAACUGGUCGAAGAAGCAAAGAAAACAGUGGCUCAGUCUACGACUUUGCAAAGCCUCAUUGAUAAAAGACUUAGUAAUUGCUUUCUUAAGGCGUCAAUUUGGCAGCUGGAUGCAACGACAGACACUGCUCAGAUGGACAGCGUCAUGAAACAAAAAAGGAAUGAAAUUUUGAGGAGGGGGAGCACUGAAGAUAGUCAAGAGGUUUGCCUUCCUACUUGAUACCCGUAACGUAAUGGAGAAUCAUUGGUAAUGUGAAUCCAGUCUUAGCUAUACAAUAUAGACCACGUGCUGCCAGUUAGUAGCGGGUUUCGAUUGGCUGAAAAUCUGGCGUCAUUUCUUUCGCCUACAAGUCGCUUGCAUGCAUUUUCCCGGGCUUUUUUCCGAGGAACAUGCAACUCAAAUGCGCUUGGUUUAUUUGUCAUGUUAGUUGUUUAUUAGUCUAGUUAUGAUCGCAAAGCCGCUGGAAAGUGAUUGUAUCUGUGAAAUUCACGAUGACUAGCUUCCUUUGGGUCUCUUAUGCAUCGCUAUUUUUCUUGGCGUUACUAACCGCUCUCCAACUUUCCCUGACUUCUUUUGAAGUGUACAGGCCAUUAUUUCCCUUUCGUGAUGGUUCUUGACGAAUCACUGACACACUUCUGAAUGAAAUUUUUGCACUCAAAAAAAUUACUUUGUGUUGCAAUUGUUUCUGACGCAUAUAAAUUUCUAUUCGAUUGUGCAUGCAAUCACUUAAGUUCUCCUAGCACGCACUAAACAUCAUUAUCAAAUUGAUCCGUUUAUUCCAGGAUUGGUCCCAUCAUCUGGAAGAUGACGAUGAUGAUAAUGCAACAUGUGAUACCAACGGUGCCCAGAAAGGGGACAUUUUCACCUUGGAAGAGGGCUACGACGCAGACCAGGAAGGUGACUCGGACAGGAGCGACGAUGCAGAACAGAGACCUUCUAAAACCAAGAAGCAACCUAACGACAAAAGAGGAAAUGACGAGUUAAAGAAGGGUCAGAUCACGAAGGGACUUAUUUUAUACCCACGGAUUUGCAAUGUUCUGCUAGAAUUGUUGAAAGUGUGCUUCGGUAGUAAGCUCCAAGCUGCAGACCCAGACUGGUAGGCUUGAUGCUACUUGAUUGUUAGUUUGAACUAUACAAUAAUUAGUGCCUGGUAUUAAAGAUAAUUUAAUGGAUGAGAACUGGCGCGAUCAAAGUGUUUCUAUUUCUCAUAACUAACACGUUCAACAGAGGGUUUUUUGGCCUUUUUCUCAAGAUUAUUGCUUGGACAUUGUUGGGUUUAAUUCUUGCAGGAUUGUUAUGGAAUAUCCAACAUUUUUGUUGAUAAUUAUGAUUGUCAAAGUUUUGACUAUGGUGGGUCGCUUAAGUUUUUUAUGUUUAAAAGUGAAAAAGCUGUUUUGCUAAUAGGAAUGCUGAUAUCUAGAGACCUUGGUCAACUUUUGUUACCUCUGACUUGUCUAUCCUGUGGCUCUUCUGUCACAGAAAGUGAUGCUAUUCCUCGAUUUAGAUGCAGCCCUUUUUAGUUCUUUGAAUUGCCUUUCUUUCUUUCUAGUUUACCUGUUGUGGUUCAUGCUGUCGACAGCCUCUUGCUUCUGGUCAGAGACUGUGAAGAGAAUUGUCGAAGGCUUUGUCUUCAGGUACGUUUUACGUGCGAGAGAAGCCUGGCAGAGACUAUUCAAACGAACGCCCGAAGAAGCAGUUUUGCCAUCCACUGCCGCUCAUAUUACUGUUCCGUAACUUGAUGUAAUGGUUGAUGGGACACCACCGACAAAAUCAACUGCGCCUGCGCGUGCCCAUCCUUCUCUUUUCUCUCAAUCUGGUGCUACUAGAUUAAUAUAAUAUAAUUCACAAAGGUUUCCCAUCUGUUAAUGCUCUCAGGAAACUAGCGAAAUUCAUUUUCCUCCGUUGAUAUUUCCGCAAUUUUUUGGCAGUAGUGAGAAGAUAUGCAUAAAUCAUGUUGCGAACCACCUCGUUAGCAGUGUAUCUCUUGUGCCACGUACCUAAUAUCCUCCUCGAAAUUCCGCUCGGCAAUGAUCAUGAAAAACACUUAUUUGUAAUAUCCUCCCCGAUAAUUCCGAACCUUCAGCAAAAUAGUUCGAGUUAUCAUAAAAUUAUAAAAAGGAAUUGGAAUUUACUUCGAGUUAACGGGAGGUUCGAGUUAUAGAGGGUUCGAGUUACCGAGAGUCGACUGUACCGUACUUUUCAAUUAGCAUUUUCUUUUACCCUUAAAGCUUCUUAAAUAGUUUUAUCCAACACUGGAGUUUGUGACACACUGAUAAAUAGUGUCAUUGAUAGUAACUGGGCGUUGUACCUUUACGUCUGCUAUUUCUCAAAUGUUUUUCUUUUUGUCUUUCUCAAUACAGGGAUUUAUUGGCACUCUGCUGGAUUGUUUUCAUGAUGUUUUAAUAACACAAACUUCGUUAUUUAAAGGCAAGUUGUUUUAAAGUAUAUUGUUUCAAACUUGCAUUCUUUGCGGCAUUAUUGGCUUUGAGAACUGUGUUAUUAUGUACUUCAAAUAAGAGUCCUAAUUAAUUUUAAAAUGCUGGUAAUCCCUAAACCCAAACCAGGGACUUAAGCUACGUACAAACGGACGCAAAAACGCCCAACAUUGAAAAUGUAGAAAUGAUCGUCGCAGUGAACGCAAUUUAUGCAAUUGCGUAAAGAAGCCUGAAAAAAAUUCAGGACUUCAACGGGGUUUGAACCCGUGACCUCGCGAUUACCGGUGCGAUGCUCUACCAACUGAGCUAUGAAGCCACUGACGUUGGGAGCAGGUCAAUUGUGGGUUCAUAUGUUCCCGUGAAAGAAAUGAGUGUUAAUGAUAUAUGAAAUAAAUCAUAUAUGAACUGCGGAAAUGAAAUGGAAAUGAAGGAAUGAUGGUCGCAGUGAACGCAAUUUAUGCAAUCGCACCGGUAAUCGCGAGGUCACGAGUUCAAACCCCGUUGAAGUCCUGAAUUUUUUUCAGGUUUCUUUACGCAAUUGCAUAAAUUGCGUUUACUGCGACGAUCAUUUCUUCAUUUUCAUUUCAUUCCCGCAGUUCAUAUAUGAUUUAUUUCAUAUAAUUAACACUCUCAACAUUGCUGGGCCAACAAUGUUGGGAGUUGUUGCGUCCGUUUCGGCAGUGGUCUGCAUAUGAAUGCAAUAAUUCCCAACGUUGGUGGCACCCACAGUGCAUCGUGGGAAGAAUACAACCCCUAAGACUUUGUAAACAGUGAGAAAUGCGCAUGCGCGGCCCCGACAAUGUUGGAAGAGCUGUGUAAACGGAUCCAACAAUGUUGCGCUACACAGGACAAGAAAUGUUGGGACUUAGUGGCUCAAGAGUUUGACCGGUUUCAAACUCUGUGCAACAUCACGUAACAGGUUGUGCAAUCGGCCGCAACAUGUAACACCCAAUAAUGUUGGGAUUUGUUGGCCAACAAUGUUGCGUCCGUUUCCACGGGGCUUUAAAGUCUGUCUUCUAUCAGCAGGAUAUUCACUCAUAAGGUGGUUUCCAUAAAAUGUUUGCGUUAACAAACGAGCAUUUAGCAGCCAUACGAAAACCAAGGGAAAACCGGAAAUUUCGGGUGGAAAAUCAAAUUUAUAGUUUUAUGUUUAUGCACAAGAUUUCCACCCGGCUGGUUUGUCUAGAUGGCAAGCACCCCUGGUUUCAUUUAUUUAUUAUUUGUACUUAGACCUGCAGAGCAUUACUGUGGAUGUCUUCGUUUGCCUUGCAAGAUACAGCGUCAGAGCGAAUGAGCUGUGGGAUUUUCUUUCUUUGUUUAAUUCACCAGAUCCUCCUGUGGUAAGAAAUUAAGAAAAUAGUACCAGUUGAUUGCCGCGCGCGCACUACUUAGCAUUGACAAAUUCUCGUACUCCUGGUCGUCCUCGUCUUAGAAUCUAAAGGUGUCUAUUAAGUAGAUGAGGACACCUGUCUCACUUUUCUACACGAAUAGGGAUACUGAUACUUGAUCUUGUUAAAUUUGUUUACAGCAACUGUUAUCUGCAGCAUUGUCAGAAGUUGCUGCCAAAGCUAGUGUCCAUCCUGGCCCUGCAUUUGUGUUGUCUUUUCCUUGUUUUGGAAAAGAAGUUCUGAGAAGAUCUAAGUUGUUCAAAAGUAGCAAAGUGGGCAGUGGCAAACGGAUCAAAGGCAAAAAACCUAAAAUGUAAGUUAAACGAACUUCUUGUACAUGAGUUAUAUUUUUCAAACAGUAAAUACCAUCUGGUUGGAAACUCUGUGUGUUGGCUUUACGCCCGGUUUAUUGCAACGAAAAUAAAUAUUUAAUGGUUUUUAAUGUAAAGUGAAAAUACUAAAUUAGAGAAAUGCUGGCUAAAAUUUCUCUUAUCUGUUAUCCAUUCGUAUCCUCAUUUGUAUGUAUCAUGGAUUCAUGAUCAUUUCCAAACGAGUUUUUCCCUGGUCUCCUGUGUUCAUCAAAUUUGGUUGUUCUUUGGUUUCAUUUGGUAAUAAAACUUGGGGAAGGGAUAAAGAAAUGGUGAAGAUGUGGUAUUGAUCUUGUUACGAGCAGUAUUUAGAUAUUUCCUUUUCGGCCAGACACUGUUCCCUUCGAGGCACAUAAUUUUCGUGGGAGAGCAACUUACUUUCUAUUAAGCCAGUUUUAAUGAUCUCCAUGUCCACGUGCGUGUAGAGUUCUCUUAUGUCCGUUAUCAGUUCUUUGAAUUUGCGUCAUUAUUUCAGUCCCAUAAAGUAAUAACUUAAUAAGAGCCCCACUCCCUUAAAUUAACUCCCCCCGCCUCCGUUUUUUGUUCGCAAUUUUAACUAGAUGCACGAGCGCUUGUUCAAGGUAAUACGGUGUUUAUUGUUGUGAUUCACAGAAAGUCAUCAUCACCGCAUGACUGCUACAGUGAUACGUCUGGUGAAGAGGACAGCCUUCAGGUGGGAAGCUCACCAAGCAGAUGGGUGCUCUCUGAGAGCCUUGAAAAAAGCUCGAAAAGAUCAUCCCAGAGGAAACCAAAAUCCUUUAAUGAAGGAGGGAAGCGCCGCGGGAGUACCAAACGUGUCACACGCAGACAAAGUGCAAGUCUCAGCCUAGCGAGUACUUCUGGUGACUAUGAACUAACUGAGGUGGUGCAAUAUGAAGGCUGUUCGCAAUUGCCCUCGCCCUUUUUGGUACGGGCCGUGCAGUUGCCGUUUCGUGGUGGUUUGCCGCGUUCGGAGAGAGGUUUCAGCUUGUCCAUGUGGCUGUGUUUAAGCUGUCCUAGCCAGGAUAGCGACGUUGACAGUGGUUUGUCUCUAGGCAACAGUGUUUCUUCAGGGCCGCCUGGCUCCGUUUUUGGAAGGAUCAAUAUGACGAGACAGGAACGAAUCGUUCACUUGUGUUCUAUUGGUUCCGGGAAAAGUCUGUUUGAGCUGUGGAUCAUACCUUCUAAUCGUUGCAUCGUUGCAAGGUGUGGUGGAUGAACUGCUAUAUCCUUUAACUGGGGCUGUGGCACUGUUGUUCAGCAUAAUUUAUUCAAAGGAAGAGCAGACAUAAUUUAAACCCCAUUAGCAAUAGUAACGUCUGCAAAGCAGCCCUGAUAUCCUUGUACUGGGCCCUUCAACCUGAUUGGCAAAUGGAGAAUGGCUUUUUUGACAAGUCAAUCUCGGCGCGUUCUUAAAUCUUUGCCCAGAACAAGGAUUUAAGCGCUGGCUCGCAUACGGACUUAACCAUUGGUUUGCGCCGCACGCUAAUUAGGAACUCUUAGUUUCCCAAGUUUAUCUCUGUUGUUUGUAACUAUAAAUGAUAAUACUCGGGAAACAUUAUUUGCCACGGAGAUGUAGUUUUGUCAUUUGAAAAUAAUUUCUUCGUUAAGUUACGUUUCAUUGCGAGUAACUGGCAGGACUAAACAUAAUGGACUUACUUUUUUCAGGUUCUUUUUCAACCGCUUAGGUUGUUCAUUCUAAUGUGAAGAUCAUGUUCACUUUCUUGACUGAUUUCGUUGGUUUCAGGUGGACAAAGAACCACAAAGGCAGUAGCAAUCCCUUGAUGGUCCUGAAAGAACGUUUUUUACGGCUACCUGCUUUAAAAGUAGGAGACUGGCACCAUCUGGUUUUCUCGUUGAUUCAGCCCAAAAUGACAGCUGGCGAUCAGAAGGAUUUGGAGCGUGACAGUUUGCCUUCCUCUAAGGUUUGUUGUUUAAUUUGAGGUAGUUUCAAGGGUUUUAUUUAAUUUAUGUUAGAAGAGCAGGCCCCAGUUGUUCACAAAAUGGAUAACGCUAUCCACCGGACAAAUCACUAUCCACUGGAUAGCGCAAUAGGUUUCCCUAACACUUAUCCGUUGGAUAGUGAUUUAUCCGGUGGAUAGCGCUCGACAUCGACUGAACAACUUGAGCGAGAUCUAUUCCCUCCUCCAGAAACUCUAAGUGGACUGGGCACAAGCUUACGGCGCAAUGAUUUCUGGUAUGGUGUGGGUGGACAUUGGUUGAAUUGACCACUCCAGAAAAUACCAUAACAUACCAUAAUGCUCUUUGUUUGUCACCCCAUAAUUUUGCAUAAGCAUUGUCUUCAGUUUCUCUUGGGAGUUAAAAUGGCCCAAGAGAAACUGAAAACAAUGUUUGUGCAAAAUUUUGGGGUGACAAACAAAGAGCAUUAUGGUAUGUUAUGGUAUUUUCUGGAGUGGUCAAUACCAUCGUCUAGUUUCUGGAGUGUGAAUUCGCCCCCCACCCCUGGGGAGUUGAAAUGAUAUGACAUGGCCAACACGCGUCGCGCUAUAUUAUACAGCAUAUAACCGUUACAAACUAACCAGCGACAUGAACAUCAAAGGACGGUUGGCGCUUUUGGGGAAAUCUAAAAGAAACAAAUUAUUGUUGGCUGCAUAUUUUCGAGUGUAUAUCACUUAGUAAAGAGUGAUAUAUAGUUACUCGCAAUUAUUUUUAAUGCGACAAGAUUUCGACUUUUGCUUCAGUACGUGAAGUUUAAAGUACGUGGUCCAGCGCAUUUUUCAACGAAAAUUAAACUUGUCUGUAAGCACGAUAUUUUAGUGAACUAACAUUUGUACGUACUUAUGCAUGUUUUAGCUUCUUGUUGUCGUCGAUGGCACAGAGUCGACAAUUCAUGAUUUUGGCCCUCCCCUCCCAUGGCACGAAGAGGCCAAAUUCACCUUGUCAACGCUUCUUAUUGGUGACAUCAUUGGUGGAAACGAUUCUAAACGUUCCAAUUUCAACACGUCUUUGCAAUGUGGAUACGAGAUUGGAAACGUGUUUGUGUUUACAGGUGAGACUUGCGCUCAUGUAAAAAAAAAUGUUUGCUUCUAUACGCAUCAGUAGCAAUACCGAUAUAUUUGCCUUUUGUCUCUGUAUUUCAGCGUUUGGACUCGGCUUCACGCGUAAGACAAUUUUAUGCGAAACGAUGUAGUCAACAUGUCACGAGCACGGGACAAAGAAAAAAUCUGAGUCCCCGAUAGGAAUUGAACCUAUCAGUAUGACUUUCCGUAUCAACAGAGCACCAUUUUGAGUCAGUACCUAGGGAGUGGUUCCCGGGUAGCAGGUCUGGGCAGUCCCUAAUGUUCGCCCGGUUAGCUCAAUGGGAUAAGCGCCGGUCUACUGAGUGGGAGGCUGUUUGUUCAAAGCCCGCCGGACCAACACUCACGGUCUUUAAAUAACUGAGGAAAAAGUGUUGCCUUGGUAAUAACAUCUGCAAACGGUUAGACUUUCUAGUCCUCUCUGAUAAGGACGAUAAACCGUAGACCCCGUCUCACAAGCCCUUGCACAUGUAAUAAAAAGAACCCACACACUCUUCGUAAAGAGUAGGGCACGUAAUGCCCGGUGUAGUGGUCUAUCUCACUUUCACACUCAUGUAUGGGGGCGUCAUUUCUCAUUCCUUCAUUACUUGUCAACUGCACCUUAAGCAGUCUGGCAAAGUUCCCCAACCAGUGUUGUAAAUUAUCCCUGAAAAGCCCUGAGGAGAGUGGAUAAUGAGAUAUUUACAAUUUACAAUUUAUCUUGACCGUUCUUUUACUCAGAAAAAACAGCCAAAAGCUGGAGGUAUUCAAACAGUUCUUCAUUAGUAUCCACGGAAUGGCUCGUAGGAGUGGAAGAGGCAUUCUUUCUUUACUCGCUUGGCCCCAAUAACGCCAGUCUGGGACAUCUCAGUAGGGACUUCAAUCUGGUAUCUCAGAGUUUAAAUGAGUAAGUCAAUCAGCCAUUAUACUGCUAGAGGGAUUGUAUUUUAUCACCCCAAAGGCUCGUUAAUAACUCGGUGAAUCACGUAACUGUUUCAGUCAUCCUUUUUACUGCGUAGGUCAUAAGAUUGUUUGUCUUUUUCAUGAAUAAUUCAGUGUAUGAUAUUUGAUAUAAAUAAUGUGCCUUGCGUUUGAUAUAGAUAAUUCCGUAUAUCUUAUCACUGGUAAAUUUAUUUUGCAGUUCCACACAGCCAUUCUUAGAAGCAGCAAGUCUGUGGUCUCGCCUUUCUAUCACCGAACAAGCUGUCACGGCAAACCUCCCUCCUGGUUUCCUCACUAGCCCUCAUGUCAUUAUUCCUGAUCUUGAAUUAUCUCUCCAGGUUAGCUGUUCUCUCUUGCCUUUAUAUAUCAGCUCACGCUCAUAAAUACGCGUUUAUGGGUGUAAUAACCAUCGCGCAAAAUAAGGCCCCGUCCACAAUGAUGCUUUUGCGUUUGAAAACGCAUACAGUUCGAUGCGUUUUCGUUCGAUUUGAAAACGUUCUUGAAAGUGGAUCGAAACGAAAACGCAUACAUAUUGUAUCAGUCUGGACGGUCGAAAAACGGCUGAAAACGCAUCAAAAUGAAGACGAAGACCGAAAAUAUCGCAGGCGCGGGUGUUUGUAGCAUGCGCAUAGAGGUCCACUUACGUCAAAACGUGCAAUUCUAUGAACGUUUUAAUGUGGACAGUAGAAAACGCAUCAAAACUGUCGUGUGGACGCGAUUCGAACACCAUGCGUUUUCGCUGCCAACGAAAACGCAUACGUUUGAAAACGCAUUAGUGUAGGCAUCACCUUAGUGGACAUUAUUAGUUAUCCAUGACCGCCGAAGCGGCAAAUUUAAAUGUACGAACUUCUUAUAAAUUGUUUAUUAGCUCUUCAAUUUUCAUAAUUGUAGAUUUAGCAUUCAAAUUCAAUUGUAACUUAAGUUUGCUUUUUAUGCGUGUAAUUUUUAGUUACUUCGCACAUUACUAGGCCUAAUAUUAAUAUUGUAUUAAUAUUAAUAUUAAUAUUGUAUUAAUUCUGAAAAACCCAGUUGGGAGAAUUGAUAAUAACACUCUUGCUCUCAUUUUAGAAAAAACUUGCGGCUGUCUACUCUCCUUCGUUUCCUCUAAUAUUCCACCAAUAUGCCGAACUUGUGACUAAUGAAGAUAGACAAGGACGACCACCCUCAACAACAGAACAUAGACAUAAACCAAGAGAGCGUGAGCCAGUGGAGAUAACCGCUAAAAUCACUUCAGAGGUUGUACCUCAACGGCGUCAAACUCUGCUGGAAUCAGCACACGACGUUGGUGGAAUUAGCGUGUUUAUUUAUCUCUUCGCCAAGGUAGGUUCAGCUCCGAGUUCCAAGAAAACGCUAUCAACGGCCUCACACUUGGCCUCGCUUUGAAACAGAGGCUUGGGGAAACUCGGAAGUGGCCUGUUUCGCCAUCCUCGUGUGGAGGAAUUGUCGAGGAGGUGAAUCAAAGUCGAUAGUUGUCGCUUUCUAAUAGAGAAAGAUAAAAUCACUCUGGAUCCCUCUUUUGUUGUUGUAGUAAGUUGUUGAUGUCCUUUUGAAGAGAACAUGAAAAACGUUAGCGGUGAGACAAAUGCGCUUAUUUCGUCGUGUCAUCAGUUCUUAACUGAUAUCUGUUUUCGUGUAGGUCGUGGAAAUGACAAAAGACGAAAAGACCCAAGCCGAUGCCUUGUCAGUUGUGUUGUCGCUACAGUACUUCUCUGCCUUUCACGCUCGAGCUAUGGCUGAAGAGUCUGGGUUUGCACUGCUCAAAAGGAUCUUGUUGUCGCCGGAGUGCAAGAUUGGCUACCAUACUCUCAAGGUGUUUUCAUGGAGUUUUUAUAAUCAACUGUCUUACUUUUCAUUGAAAGGGGACAAACAUCCAAUCACAUUUCCUCUUUCAAUUUGUCCAGGGGGAGCCUGGACCCCAUAUAAUCCUCAGGCUUCCAGUUCAGGCUCCCUCGUCACCAUCUUUUUCUGUAUUUUUUCUCUCAAAUUUACAACCUGUAACGUGACCAAAAAAAACUAAAUCAAAUACUUGUAUAUUCCUCUCAAACCAGGUGCUGAUGGAAGCGGCUUGUAGUGGCGACGUAUUCAAACCCACAAAUCUUGCCGACGAUCCAAUCAUGCUGAAUAUUGACUCCACGGCUGUGGUGCGGAACGUGGCUAUUUUCCAGCAUUUCUUGUUAAACUGGAAAAUCUGGGAGAAGGCUAAACAGGGAGUUCUGGAAAUGUUGUUAGCUACCAUUGAUAUCCUGGUUCACGGAAGUCACUGUUACUACGAGUUCAAUAUCAUACAGUUCCAGAAAGCGCAACUAGUUCAGCAAAUUCUAAUUGGUUGUCAGGUAAGGAUCAACAUUAAAUAGGAAACGAAUUGCGUCGGUCACUCAUUUGUGAACGUUUUGCUUUAAAGGGGCCAUGUCACGUUUUUGCUGUCUUUUUAAUAAGCUAAAACGCGUCUUCGCAUCAAUUGCAUUCCAAAAACAAUGGACCUUUUUGGUUAAUUAAUACUAUAUUUAGGUAAUGAAACUGUUUCCUGUCGCCUGUUGCAACGGAUGGCAAGCUUGGAUAUGGAUUGAAACUUGAAAAAAAUUGGGGCAACUUUUUCAAGUUUAUUAAAAAUAAUAAUAAUAAUAAUAAUAAUAAUAAUAAUACGCGAACUUUCCGGAUAAACGGCACAUCUCGUCUAAAAUAAGACGCGGCUUAGCUAAGCCGUGUCUUAUUUUAGAACAGCCCUUAACACCUGUUCUUAGAUAAGACGCGUCUUAGCUAAGACGAGAAAAACUUCGUAUAAAUGACCUUCGCGUCUUACAUAAGACGCGAACGCAUAGUACGCAUGCGUUAAUUUUUGGCGCGCCACGUUGGAUUGCCGUUGCUACAGGCAACAUUCACAUGAAAACGAGUCAAGAACAGAAAUAAGACGUGAACCAUUUAUACGAGCUGUUCUUGUCUUAGAUAAGACAUUCUCGUAUAAAUGGUACAGUUCGCGUCUUAUUUUUCCUCGUAUAAAUGGCCCUAUUGUUAGUGCUCCCUGAUUAAAUUUGUUUGAUGUCUUCUUCAUAACGUUCUAGUAGCAUUUUUCCAUUAGCAAAGGCACUAAGUAAUCCCUUCAGCACAGAAUUGACCUAAAAUAGCAAUAUCCUUGUUAUAUAUAGUCUGCUACACAGCCGUUUUUAGUGUCGUCACGCAACGCUCCUCUCUUAGUGGGGAGAAGCGUUGCGUGACGACACUAAAAACGGCUGUGUGGCAGACUAUGUUAUAUAGUCCCUUCAAGUCCACAGACUUGUGAAGAAAGGGCGUGUGGGUACAUCGUACCGAAAACGCUUUGUCAUAUAUCUUUCUUUCCGGUUUGUCAAAACCAUUCCCCGCUAAUCUAGUGUUAAUCAUAUAUUACUGUUAAAUCAUACACCCGACAUAGCGGGCUCAACAGUAUGUCAGCAAACAUUUUAAAGAACAUGCGCCGUGGUAGCCGUCCAUGACGACGUGGACGACGUUUCAAAUCAAAGACAGUUGCGGCGGUUGGCAGAGAUCUCUUUUCCUCCUGCCUGCCCCAGCGAAUUAAAGGUGAAAAGAGGCCUCUGUUAGCAGGGAAAUCUACCAGCAUUGGUCAAGGAACAAGACAUGAUUAGAUCAGGGCUGAUCGUAGCUGUGAACUGCAUCUUUCUUUGAACGUGUCGUAGUGUGCAUGUAGCGGUUGAGUUCCCUGCUUCGUUUUUUUCGCCCCUUUAAAGGUCAUGUGACCUUGUCUUUCGUUCUCGCUUGUUAUUCUUUUGGCAAGUCUUCGCAGCUUGGGCAUUCACUCCAAGAAACGACCGGGAAAAUUGAUUUCAACGCAUCGUAUUGUUGGAACUUUGUGUAUAUUGGCAGGAAUUAGAUGGUUUAGCGGUUGGAAAUAAUGGUGCGUAUACAAUAGUGAACCCGUCGCUAUUUUGUAUAUGCUGCUACUUUAAUUCUGCGUCGAUUUAAUUUUUCCAGGAACGACAAAACGAAGGGUGCAAAGAGAUUCCUCGAGUUAUCAGCUCCAUGUAUGUGAACAUUAUACAAAACAUCAUGGGGCAUCCUCCGGAUUUGACGGUCCUGAAAGCCGUGUGUGAGUUCCUUAUAGCAGUUCAUCCUACUGAUGAUAUCAAUCGUCUGCACGCUCCGAGCCGCUGCUACCUCAGAGAACAUUCGCUUGACUUCGGUAUGUUCCUUUUUCUCGCGUCCGCGCUCGUUCUCUCGUCUUAACGUCUGUGAAAAGGCUAGUAUGUUAAAGGAUGUUACAAUACAUUGUACGCACGAUCUGUCUUCUCAUUGGCCAAGAGCCUACAUAUAAUUUUAGAAAUCAGCGCAACCUACAGAUUACGUGGUGAUCUGCUAGCAGAUGACUGAAUAAAGUGCAGGUUUCGCGCGCAAUAAAUGAUUUCCAAGUGCAGUGUCAAAAUUUGUUCCGUGCGACAGUGUAUUUAUCGUUAUUUUCUUCAAAACUAUGUAUAAUGAAACAAUCGUUAGAUUCGGUUUGUGUGGGCAACUGUUAUCAGCCGAGGCCUCCGGCUUUGAUCUUGACUACUCCGGAUAUCACGAGAACCUCAUCCAAUAAUCGUUAAACAUUUCUUGUAAAAGGUGUAAUGCUGUGGGUCCUCUUUACAAAUCCCUCUGGCCCCAGUUGGUCAAAGGUGGAUAAAACACUAUCCAACUGAUAGCGCUAUUGGUUUUCGUAAUACUUAUUCUGUUGAUAGCGAUUUAUCCCGGUGGAUAGCGCUAUCCAACUUUUGAACAAAUGGGGCGCGAUCUUCAAGUUGUAGAAAGAAAAUAAGGUAAAUAAGAAACUAUUUUUUUAUCUCGGCGGGGAUUGAAUCCAUAUAAAAUCAUUAUUUUUUGUUUAACCUUGUUUUAAAACCUGCUGUGCUUAAUCAUCGUUUUCUCUUUUCAAUUCAAUAGUUCAAGUGUCUAACCACUCAUCACCUACAGCAAGAAGAUCUCUACCAUCUCCUCGCACAGCUCCUAUUCGCUCUAUACAUUCUCGCAACCCUUUUCAGUUUACCAGCCCUAGAAAGAGACUUUCAAGAAGUUCUAUGAGUCGUUCCCUCAGUUAUGAAUCCUUUAGAAACAAGCCUCAAGAAAAUAGGCUUGACGAUGUCAAGAGUUUUAAGAAACGCGAACAGUUAACGCAGAUUUCAGCGGGUAGUGUCGGUGAGCUUAACAGAUCACCGACGUAUCCAACGUAUUCUGCGUCACUUCCCGUCGAGCGGCGAACUUCCCCGAAGAUGAUACGAAGACCUCCGGAAGACAGAAUGCUCCAAUUCGGCGCUUCAGUCGAAGAGGGACAGAACGGUACAGAGCACUUUACUCAGGAAGAACUUGGUACGACGCGUGGGGAUAGAAAACUGACCGUCUUUAUUCCGCAACGCAAGGUCAGUGAAGGACUCAGUAGUAGCGCGCUUGUGCUGCAUGAGGAUCACUUCAUGGAGAGAACCCCUAGUCCCCCGGUGUUCAGCCCCGGGACUUCCCUGGCAACGUCGUAUCCGGGCACAAGAAGCAUUCCCGGGAGUAAACCGGUGGUGAUCGGAAGGUACAGGUCUACGCCAAGUCGAGACGAACAGUCCAGUCUUGAUCUUAUGGAAUAUGACAUGAUCAACGAAUCAGACUUCAGUUCUUUGCGCAGCAGUGUGGCUAAUCCCAGCUCAAAUGAUGACUACCUGGUUGUUGAAGGAUUUCCUGGUUUGCAGUCUAGCACAGUGUAAGUAGGGUCUUAACAGAGGAGAACAUAAAAAAACAAAACAACGACUUUGCACGUGCACAACACUUUUUGUACAUUUCGUUGCCUAAUUUCGCGUUUCAUGGAGAACGUAAACAAGCAAUCACGAAACCAAAUUUCUCUUUCUGAACUUGGAUAUUUUCCGUAGGAAUUCAAAUCCGGUUGGUUUCGCCUACGUUUGACAAAGUAAUUGGGCAGGAAUAAUUGAGGGAAAACAAAGAGUAUUAUGGUAUUUUUUAAAACGGCCUAUUUUACUUUUCAUGCAGGACUUGAACUUUACUUUUCUCUCUCCAAACUUAGUUACUUUCUUUCAGAAUUCGAGUCGAGAAAAAUUCGCCAACAUUUGACAAAUUGAAUAAACAGUUUUAUAGUGACAUUUUUGCACCCGUCGCCGUCGUCGUUGCUUUAAUAGGCAAUUUUACAGCUCUGUGCUCAGUGCCCUGGCGUUUGACUAGCAGUGACCUUGUUUUGUGACAAACCUUCUUGUUUUUCAUAUGUAAAUGAUCAUGUUCGGGCUUGAUAGCGUGAAUUACCACGAAUUGCACAUGAAAAGCAGGAAGGAUUGUAACAAAACAAGGUCACAGCCAGCCUCGACUGUAAAAUGGUCUAUUGAAGUCUCAGGGUUUGAGCCAGGCCGCGCCAUUGCGCCAAUCCCGCACUGCAAUUGGAAUUGUCCCUUUACAAAACGGCCAAGGGGACAAUUUGUCCCCUUCAAAAUUUAGGGAAAAAACUCGAAAGGAAGCACAGACGAAGAGAUUUAUUUCGGUACAGAAGUUGCAAGCUGAAACAGAACGUGGAAAGUAUAUUUUAUCGCACCUUUAAAGUUCAUUCCAAAGUUACGUUUCAGUCACGCUCUACUGCUAUUUUGUCGGAAAUCUAAGACAGGGCUUCUGAUUUUUCGCGCGGUCGCGGAGCCGCGAAAUUCACAAGAACACGAAAAAUACCGCGAAAGUUGGUAGAAAUCUUAUCAAAUACAUGUCUGUACAACAUAUUUGAAACUUAUUUCAGCUAUAGGGGAUAUUUACUUGCCGUAAACUUGCAAAUUUAUCUUGGAACUUCGUCACUGAAACGUGCAAACAGAUUAUGUUGCGAAAAACUGGGCACUAGCCAUCAUGUUAAAGGCUUUGCCAUUGGUUCAUUUCUGGAGCGUAUUGUUGUUGAAAGAGCAAAUGAUGACCUCUGUUAGAAAAACGUUAAAAAGGCUGGUCUGAUCAGCGCAAAACCGAUCGAUUUCUAGCGAAAUUUGCCUUGAAAAUAACCACAAAAUCGGCCGUUUUUUACCGAUUGCUUUUCGGUGAAGUUUGCCCCGAAAAGUCCCGCGAAAUCGGCCGAUUUUUCCGCGAAUUUGUCCCUAAAAAUCCCGCGAAAUUUGACUUUUUCGUCCGAGACCUAUCAGAAGCCCUGCUAAGAAGGAAGGGUGUACAAAUUUCUGUCCCCCUAAAAAUGAAAAUGUCCCCCAAAAUUUUAGCCAAGGGGACAAAUUGUCCCCUAGUGAUCAAAUCCUAGCUCAAACCCUGAAGUCUUACCCUUAGUAUUCAAGUCAGUAGUAAGCGUUGGAGACAAUGUACCCCUUCUGGACUGUUAAACUAAGCGAAAGGUGGAAAUGUCUUUCGGGGUACUCUUAAAAUUGUUCAAAAGAUUUGCUGGACAAAAUUACUUCUGCGAUUCAAGCUUGCAAGGAUACAUCCAUCUUUAAAAUUUGCCGUUGUUGUAUUGUGAACUGCUGCUAGUGUUUCUGCUUCUUUUGUGUUACGUAAAACAAUGUAUGAGGAAUUUGUUUUCCAACCAAUGCGAACUUAUACCCUUUGCACAGGACGUACUGCCCUGCAGGUGGAGACCAAUACGCACAGGGGGCUGAUGCGAUGAUUAAAUUGCGACUGGGGCUAAUGAAACUUUUGGAAAAGCAACUGUUCAAGCUGCCCUCUGAGCAUGUUCCAGCGGUGAUCGGUGAAGUGCUGAAGGCUGAAUAUAUGCUGAUAUGGGCUUAUCACGACUCUGAUGACGUUAGGGAACUUGCCAUAAGGGUACGUAAUACUAUUUAGAACCCUUUGACCUUCUAAUUAUUCACAGAAAUGUACGAAUUAAAUUCUGUAUCGGGCCCAUUUAAAUGAAAUCUGUAAAGCUGUAUGGGUUCUUUGUGGGGGGCUCGAAAAAAACUUGAAUCCCGGCUUGUCCUCUGGGUAAGCAGCUCUUCCAUUUUGCUUGCCCGGGGCCACUUCUGCUCGUCUUCGUUAAUGAUUUUGUUGGAGUACCACUUGCCUGGACUCUUGCCGUCUGGGCAAGUGAGCUUCAAAAGUUACUUGCCCAGUAAGAAAAUCUACCUGUCCUGGUACUGGACGGAAAUUUUUUCGAGCCCUGUUGAGCAACCACAUGCGAGGAUGAAGAUAGGCAAAUUCUAAGAUAUGAGCAGGUGAUGUGCUGUUUUAAAAGGUGUGUUUUACUUUCUGACUUAACCCUGGGAAGUUUUUUCAUGUGUCAUGAGUUUGCAUGAUACUCCCAAUUUUCAGAUCCUGUUCCAGUAUUUGCAGAAGGCGGAACCAAAACGCUAUGACCAGUUCUUGCGGAUCCAUGGAUUUCAUCUACUAGCCAAUCAGGUAUUUUUAAAAACACUUUUAUUAUUGCCACUUUUGAUGGUGAUGGUGACCAUGACGAUCAUGUUGAUGGUGAUGAUGAUGUUGAUGAUAAUGAUGAUGAUGAUGCUGAUGACGAUGAUAAUGAUGAUGAUGACAAUGAUGAUGAUGAUGAUGAUGAUGAUGAUGAUGAUGAUGAUGAUGAUGAUGAUGAUGAUGGUGAUGAUGAUGAUGUUGAUGAUAAUGAUGAUGAUGCUGAUGACGAUGAUAAUGAUGAUGAUGAUGAUGAUGAUGCUGAUGUUGAUGAUGAUAAUGUUGAUGUUGAUGUUGAUGAUGAUGGUGAUGAUGAUGAUGCUGAUGACGAUGAUAGUGUUGAUGUUGAUGAUGUCGAUGAUGAUGAUGAUUUUGAUGUUGAUGUUGAUGUUGAUGUUGAUGGUGAUGAUGCUGAUGACUAUGAUAGUGUUGAUGUUGAUGAUGAUGAUGAUGAUGAUGAUGUUGAUGUUGAUGGUGAUGAUGAUGAUGAUGAUGAUGAUGACAAUGAUGAUGAUGAUGCUGAUGACUAUGAUAGUGUUGAUGUUGAUGAUGAUGAUGAUGACAAUGAUGAUGAUGAUGCUGAUGACUAUGAUAGUGUUGAUGUUGAUGAUGAUGAUGAUGAUGAUGAUGAUGAUUAGACUGAUGGUGGACUUUGGACCCUUUUUUGUGGACUCGGCGACUCGAAAAUGUGGACUUAAGGACCGUGGUGUUGACUUUGAGACUUGGAGUUGACUUAGGGACUUACGGCAAAGUGGACUUGAGGACCAUUUGUGGACUCAGCGUCUUUUUUUGUGGACUCAACGACUUUUUGUGUUGACUUAAGGACUACGUUAUUGUACUAUCUUUACCAUCCCUAUAUUAUUCAUUCUAUCUGUUUUUGACAGACAGUUCUAUUGCACUUGAAUCACACAAGUUGGACAAAACUUCUGAAUAGAUGUGACUGUGAGACCGUCACUCAGCAGCCUUUGGGAACAAUACGAUCAAAAUGAGCUUAGAACGGGAAAAGUUAUUACGUUAUAAAAUGUAGUGUAAUUACAGUCUAUGACGACAGUGUAUAACAAAAAUUAUCCUUUAUUUCAGUUAUUUUUUCCCUUGAAACAAUGCAAUAAGAACAGCAUUUGAGAAAAAUAAGAAAAUGGGCUAGAGUGGCUUACAAUAGCAAAUUUAUUUUUGUGGCCACCGUCUGUGAAAACGAAAAACACAAACACCCCUAAACGUUCCGCGUUUGGCAUUUCCACUAAUUUCUGUUGGGUUCUAAACGAUGUUCGUCUCAGUUGUGUUAAACAACAGACGAGUAAAACUACUAAGGAAUCAAUUUGAAAGAAACUCUGAUGCAAAAGGUUACACUAAUCAAACCUUUAUUGAUACAUCCGAGGGCAAAACUGGUAGUUGAUGCACCAGAGGCCACAAGAAUACUAUUGAGAAUUUGUAAAACCCAACUAGUGGUCUAUUACCAACGCUGUGUUCUGAUUGAAUGAGCUACUACUAGGCUAUAUGUGAUAGCCCACUAGUAGCGAAAAGUGCCGGCUUUUUGGUGGCAAAAAAAGGAUUAAAGUCUAGCUUUAACUAGCUAAAGUGGUUUUAUCUCGAUAUUUUUGACCAACUAGUUGGAUUUUACUGAAACAAUUAUUCCUCUCGCCCUCAUGGCCAUUCCGGCUCGAGGAAUCAUUGUUAAAUAUCCUUAACAUAACCACGAAAUCUACUACAGUGUACUAGGGUAGUUAAAUUGUAGAAUUUUCGGACAAAAAAUAUGAAAAUGCGCUAGAGUGGCUUCCGGUUGAACAUUAAAAGUAAUUUAUGUAUUGGCACUGUCAUUGUAGUUACAAAAACGUACAACAUAUCUUCAUUCUGCGUUUGCUGUUUCCGCUUGUUUCUGUUAUGUUUACAUUGGUUUCCAACGAUCUCCUUUGUUGUGUUUGACGAAAAACGAGUUAACGUUUCAAUUUAUCGAAAACCACUCCUGCGCAAAAAGUAACAUCAAACUGGUUUUUUGAUACUUAUAAAUCCGUGCGUUACAGAUUGUUCGUAUACAUAAACGACGGUAGUGAUGACCAAAAAAUCGACUAACGAGGUAGUACCAUUCUAGAAAUUUCAAGGUGAUCAGUGCACAAAAAAUCCUAAACCUAUAGGCCACUUCUGAGUUCCAAAAGCCCUCACUUUCAAAAUGAGGCUAAGGGCACAACCUUUUUUGUGAAAGUGAGUUUUAUUUGCAUGAGAAUGAAAAAUUAUUUCCAUAUCAGUGGCUGAGCACUUACCCUCGUUCUGAUACAAAGGUCCAGGGAACUUCGGAAGUGGUAGGAAGUGGUAGGUUUUGGUGGUUUUGAAGUAGUAACAUGGCAGAAAUAAAUUUCAUGCAGAUGAUCCGCAAAAAAAAACCAAGAAGACACAGAAAACUAAAGCAUUUUGUUCGAGACAACUGCUGUCUUUCAAUUAUUAAAAUAAGUUUUUCUUUAAUUUAUUUUUUUCCGAUCGUCCACCAUGAAAUCAGGAAUGCUCUCCUUUACUUUCUCCACUGCCUGAUGUGAGUUGCACGAAGACCUCUGAUCUUGUCAGUAACUUUCUGCUUAGAAUAUUUUUGUAUGAUGUCUUCAUGGCCGGUCUCGUUCAAUCGCUGUACAACAUCUUUUGAUUCAAUCUUUUGACUGCCUUGAAUCAAGUCCUUAAAAAGUUUUGAAAAGACCAUCACCUCCUCUUCUUCAAAAACUCUCGAUUUUCCUUGAGUUGUAGUCGGACUUAUAAUUGAGUUAGAGUCGCUCGCAUUGUCAUUACAAUCGCUGGCCUCCACGUCUUCAAAAAGAGAACCCUGAGAUUUCUUGAACCUGUACAAUCCUCUCACUUUGUCCAACAGUCUUUUGUUUUCACAGUCUACGAGCAGUGGAUUUGUGCGCUUAAGAGCAAGGACUUCCCGUAACGUAAUUGAUUGGCGGCUGAUAUUAUCUGCGAAGGUUUCUUUUAUUGCUCUUUCCUCCUCCUUUGUCCAGGUCUGGCGGACCGGAGGUACAGGUACCGCAUCAAGAUCACCAUCAUCUUUUCCUUCAGGAGGUGAAUCAAAAUCAUCUUUUCUCAUACUAGGUUGCUCGAUGUCAUCAUUUUUGCUACGUGAUGGUACAGCAGGAGAACUCGGCCUACCAUGCAUUACGGCCGUCAAUUGCCUAGCAGCAAAAGCGGAGUUUGUGCGCUUUUGCACGAGAUGAUAGUGCUUAUCUGCAGUUCGUUCAGUGUGUGCCAUAUGUGCGGCGACAUUACCCUUGACCUCUUUAUUGUACUGUCGAAUUGCUGUUGUGCAUGACUUCCUCAUUAGUGUUCCUGAGAUACGUGUUUCCUUAUCAAUCAUACCACCCUUUCGCCAGGCGCUUGUUAUAGCUGAUGACAGAUCGCUGCUCUGCAUCUUCGCUCCUUUCCAGUUUAAGAACAAGCAAGUGGAUCCACCGCCCUUCACAACUUGCUGCCUUGCGUGCUCGACGUAAAUGUCCAACCAACCUUUGAGGCUUUCAUCGAAGCAGAGAUUUGCUGGGCCAUGCUGACUGUAUGUUUUAUGAUCUUUAACAGAUAUCAUGUAUGUUUCAUCGACACAGCUUAUUUCCUUGUACUCCUCUAGAGUACUGUUCGUUAUGACACCGCUUCUAUGCCCAUUCUGGGAAAGCAGGUGUAUGAACAAGAAGUUUCUCAAAUCACAGUACUCAAUUUGGCCUAGAGGUGUAGAAUUCUGGCCUUCGUCUAUCAAAUCGCCAAUGACCUUGACUUGAUUACGAGCAAACUCUGACUUAGCAAACUCUUGAACUUUUUCUGGGGUAAUAAGACGUGCAAGAUCUUCUUCUUGUUUCUCCCAAAAUCUCUCUUUAACCUCUUUACGAAGACUUUUACACCACUGCCCACAUUUUUUAAAGAGGGCGUCUGCCGUUUUUUCACAUCCUCUGGGAAGCCCGAUGUCAUCCUCGGUUGUAGCGAACGUAUAAAACUUGCGCAAAGAAUGAAGAUAACUGAUUGUGGUUGCUGCCUUGUGCGACGCUCUCGACUCUGGAUAAAACUUGUCGCGAAUUAGAGCCUUGUCAAACAAGCUUUCAACGGUUUGUGUUCCUAUUAUCGACAGUAUUGUCUCCACUUGUCGCACCACUAGCGCAGCUGGCCUUGCAUCUUUUUCGCCCCCAUCGGGGCUAAGGAUCCAUUUCCCGAACGCUUCGAAUACUCUUUUACUUUGUUGAUCACAAGCUUCAGUUUGGACCUCCACAGCAUCAUCGCUUUCUGCACACUCCUCUAAAUAUUCAAGGUCGUCUUCACCAUCACUUGCCGAUUCUACAACAAUCACUUUGUCUACAGUCGAAGUUGAACUGGUUGCCCCCAAGGUCCCUGUGUCGUCAUUCAUAUGUCCUCUAGGUGCAGCAUUUUUUACUCUCCUUGAACUGGUUACUUUUUUCAGUAGCUUCUUCACCUGGUGAGUCACCUUCUAUCUCGACAAAAUUCUGAGCGAAAGAAGCACUGGACUGAUAGACAGGCCGGGAUUCUUUAAGAGCCUUCCAAUACCUCUUUGUGCCUUGUAUGUACCCGUGCUGCUUCUGUAAGUGUUUUGAUAGAUACCUUUGCUUGCGCCCACACUCGCAACAGACUUUUCUCCUUCUCUUAUUCCUCACUUCUUUUGGCUUCUUCGAGUUUCGUUGGUCGUGGCGCAUGUCAAAUUGAUUAACAGCAUUUCUGGCUCUUUCGGCACUCCAGCCAUGCACAUUCUUUAAAUGACGAGGGAGCUUAUAUACUUUGGAGCCACAGCCGCGAAGAGGGCAACGAAAUUUGUUUCUUUUGUUUGGUUUCGCAUCCUUCUCGUCAUCUUCCUCGUCGUUGCUUUCUGUACUUUCUGACGAUUCCGAUUGACUGCUGUCUGUAUUAUCUUUCUUGCUGUUUUCUGUACUUUCUGAAGAUUCCGAUUGACUGUUGUCUGUAUUAUCUUCCUUGCUCAUUUUUGGGGUCCUUGAUCUUGAGUGACUUUGGGGCAAUUUUCUUUUCCUGCUUAUUGAUCGAGAACCAGAACUAUUCUCAGAUCUUCUUAGUUUUGUUUCUUUUAUGAAGGCCUUCGCUUGCUUUGUUGUCUCUUCUUCCGUUUGCUCCAGGCCCGAUAAUUCACUCUCGUUUUCAGUGUCCGGCGGAUUGCUUUUGGUUACUACUUUGUACAGUCCUUUGAGAGCCCAAAUGUGUCUCCCAGCCUAAAAAAGUGAAGCAAUUUUUUAUUAUUUAUACACAUUAAAAUGGAUGUUGAGUUCUCAUUUUCUAAUAUAAAAUAGUUACAAAUUAAUGUUUUUACUUGUUAUCCUACAGGGAUAUGCUAGUCAGCUCAGCUUACUCUGUCAUUUCUGUGACGAGACAUCAAUGCAAUUACGACAUGCAAUGCAGGAUACUACAAACUAAGAGUUCAGCAAAGAGAUGUAGCUUACAGUUAAAAGUUUAUGAAACCGAAUUACCCCUGCUUCAUGUCUGAUCCAUAAAUAUAAGUUUAUACAUGUCCCUAUAAUAUUCGCUUCACUUGAGUUCCCUCGGGGGAACCCUCUAUCGUUUUUGCCCUUACAAAAAACCUUAGAGGCUAAACAGACUUCAGCCCGGGGAGGGGGGGAGGGAGGGGGUUUACUUCCUAGAAGUACGCUAACAGGUAGUGCUGCUGGAUGGGGUCGUAUUUUCACGACUGGAUUGACUUUUAUAUUUCUUUUAUUUAAGAGUUAUAGAAUGGGGUCACACGUUUUCAGGAUUUUGGGGGUCAGAAAAAUUAGGUAUUAGGAAGAUUUACACCACAUUAAAUUUAACAAACAUGUCAGUUAAUUUAUGGAUGACCUGCUCAAAAGGUGUUAUAAGGUAGAUGCAUAAACAGACAGUCACUAAGUUGGGAUCACGUUUUUUCUAAAGUGACUAAGAUGGGGUCUAUAAUAUGGCCACUGUAAUGGGGUAGGGGCUCUGAGAGGCUAGUGGUGGCAGAGACCCGACAAAGAUUAUCCCAAGUAACCCCCCUCCCCUCCCGUCCCUUCCACAAGGGGCUUCUAACAAGGUAUCUACAGCUGGUCACUCAUGAAGAAAACUUAACAAUGUCAGGGCUUCAUUCAAACAAGCUCUGAUAAAUUAGAUGCUCCUACAUAAUUGUAACAUUAACAAUAACAAUAAUAAUAAUAAUAAUAACAAUAAUAAUUACAAUAAUAAUAAUAAUAAUAAUAAUAAUGAUAUUAAUGGUAACUGUAAGUUACAUUCUAUAAGCAUUGUUCAAGUAAGUGAAACUGGUGCUGUAUAAAGGUUGCAAAUGGAAGAAAAGAGGUUUGAAACUAAUCCUCGGUAAUUGUUUAUCGUUCUUACAGGUGCUACAGUGAAACCUUACAAAAUACAAUAUUCAGAGACAUGAUCAAGUUUAUGACAGUGUUCCUAUAAACACAAUUUGAAUGAAGAAAUAUUUCUGCUUCCUGUGUACUUUAAUAUUCUUAGAAUAAAAAUAAUUAAAAACGAAAUUAUGAAACUAGAAAAAGAAAUCGAAGAAAAUGUGACAUAAUCUUUUUCAAUAAUCGGCAAAAUGACAAUCAUUGGCAGAAAUUGCUCAGUUUUGUCUCAUCGUUGUACUCUGUCGCUUAAAUACAUGUACAAAAGAUUAUUGUUGUUCUAUACCAAAAAUGAAUUCUACAAGAUACUAUUAUAGCAUCUAUGCUUAAUAUAAAUAUUCUUCGAAAGUUCUCUCGUUCAAAUCGUUACGAUUUUACUUUCACUCUGCUUCACAAAAAUAAUCAUUGUUUCUUUAUAAGCUUACCUGUGAUUUUUUUAAUUGCUCUUCUCCCUGGCAAGCCUGACGAAAAUCUGCGCGGGCUUGUUUGAGCUCAAGUAAGAUAUUCGGUCCGUUGUAUCUACUAUUUGGAUUCAUUGCUCACUUGUGACUUGAUGUCUCACCCGCAGGAGUCGAGAACUUAAUACUAAAACAGCAGAAAACAGGGUAAGAAGAGUGCUGAACGCGGAGGAAACGGAUAAUAGAUCUUGUACGAUCAAUACUUCAACAAAAGCACUAAGAUUGUACGAUUGAAAAAGCCAGAUCUAAAGGACUUUACAAUUACCUUCACUUGCAUUUGUGUCCAACAAAAAACAUGGUCGACAGCGUGGAAUGAAAGCAGCGUCACAAUGCACGCUGGAAAAUGUCCUUGCACUUCCGGUUUUUUUGUUGAAUGCAGCACGUUAUCAAAAGUGUCCAAAAAUUACAAAAAUACAACGGCCAGGGAAAAAAAUUACAGCGUACAUUGUGUUUCCAUCGUGUUUACAACAUUGUUUUCGCCCACCUUUUUAAAAAUACUCCGUAAAAUUCGUUGAUUAGCCAUUUUGCCGUGCCUCUGUUAUGGAGUAGAUUACAGAUGAUGACCUUCAAAACGUGAAAAAAGGGAAAAACUAUAGCCGCAGUCAGGAGUUUAUCAUUGAUAUCCCUACUACAUUCUUAUCACGUUCUGUGAUUGAUAAGUAUACACGCACACAUAGAUAGAAUGUAUAUAUUUUUUUAAUUUCUAGUUGCAGUUCGUAUGAAAAAACUAGUCACUGGCUCCCCGCCAAGUACUAUUUGAUACUUAAUUUAAUUAGCUGCAGGUGUCGUGAAGAUCUGAAGAUGUGAAAAGCAC